AUGCUCCCACCAGCACUCAACAUUCCUCGAUGGCUCGCCGAAAACGCUCACCUCCUCCAACCCCCCAUUAACAACUACUGCGUCUACCACCCAUCCUCCACCGCCACAAAGGGAUACACCGUGAUGGUCGUCGGCGGACCCAACGCCCGCACAGACUACCACAUCAACACGACUCCGGAAUUCUUCUACCAACACCGCGGCCCCAUGCUCCUCAAAACUGUCGACACCAGCACCUCCCCGCCGACGUUCCACGAUACACCCAUCCACGAAGGGUCCCUGUUCCUGCUGCCUGCAAAUACGCCGCACAGCCCUGUGCGCUUUGCGGACACGGUCGGCAUUGUCGUGGAGAUGCCGAGGGCUGACGGGGCGGAGGAUACCUUGAGGUGGUAUUGCGGUGGGUGUAAGGGGGUGGUUUGGGAGACGAGUUUUGUGUGCACAGAUCUGGGCACGCAGGUCAAGGAGGUCGUGGAGAGGUUUGCGGCGGAUGAGGGAAAAAGGAGGUGUGGUUCGUGUGGGAUGGUGGCGGGGGUCAGGUAUGCGGAAGGUGAGGUGGUACAGCCGGGGAGGUUUCCGGAGUAG